AUGCAAACACCAAAAGGACCUUCAGAGCGUGAAAAACCAGCAGACUAUUUCGGUAUUUGUAGAGAAAAGGUGUUAUACGGUCACACACAGACUGUUCGAACAGUAGCCUGGAGCAGCGAUGGACGCUUUUUAGCUAGUGGCUCUGUUGAUACAACAGUCAGGAUCUGGUGGACCGCCGAAGAAGAUAUAACAGAAAGUUGGAAAUUGGAAGGUCAUAGGGAUAGUGUUGAUCAGCUUUGUUGGAAUCCAAUGAAUCCUAGUGUCUUAGCAACAGCCUCUGAAGAUCGAACGGUGCGUUUUUGGGAUGUUAGGGUAGAUCCUUCCAGUGUGUGUAAACAUGCUGUUGAAACACAAGGUCAGAAUAUAAAUAUAUCUUGGAGCAAAGAUGGUAGUACUGUUGCAAUAGGGGAUAAAGAUAACAUUAUUUCUUUUAUCGACACACGCACUUACAAGAUAGUAAACACUUAUUACGAAAAGAAAGACGACAAGAAGAUAGAAUUCAAUGAAAUGACCUGGGAUCAUAAUUGUAAUUUGUUUUAUUUGACAACUGGCACUGGUGCCAUCAGAGUCUUGCGUUGGCCAUCACUGAACGUGGUACAUACUUUAAGAGGUCAUACUGCAAGCUGCUACUGUCUUGAGUACGAUCCCAAGCUAAGGUAUCUAGCAACUGGCGCGGCAGAUGCUCUUGUUGGUUUAUGGGAUCUGUCUUAUUGGUACAUGAUUAGAGCGUUCCCUGGAUACGAAGUCGUAGGCAAAGUACGUUCGUCCAUCACCAAGACACCUGUGCGAACAUUGAGCUUCACGCAUGAUGGAAAAUACAUUGCCUCGGCAUCUGAAGAUCAACAGAUUGUGAUUUCGGAAGUAGAUACUGGAGAUACUAUAUAUCGAUUGCCUUGUGGUGCAGCUACGAAUUCGGUAUCGUGGCAUCCCAAUGGUUAUCUGCUUGCGUAUGCUGGAGACGAGUUUUCGAGUGACAUUGACGGGAGAAAAUAUAGAGGAUUGAAGGUUUACGGAUACUAUGAUUAG